UCAUACGUAUAAAUUCAGCAUUUGUUUCGAUGUAUCGUGUAGAUACUUAACUACGUUUUUUAGUGAGAGUAACUGUAUGUGCGAAUGUAUUCAUAUAUUUAUUUAAUAUAAUUAUUCAUUGUUCUAAGGUGUUAUAAUAUUGUUGGUUAGGAUAGUGUGAUUUGAGGAUUCAUGAAUUUUGUCAACUGUUAAACGUCAUCACAUGUGUAAUAAGUUUCUGUGUUAAUUUUUCGUGACGAUGGCCUGGUUGUCAGGUCUCGCUGACAAGGCAGAAAAUCUUUUAAAUAAAAUAGAUAAAAAUACAGCAGCAGUUUUAAAUAAGGAUAAAUAUGAAAUAUCACAAUCUCAACUAACAGAAGUUACAUGGACUCCACCUGAAUUACGUCCUAAGACACAGGAAGGCACGAUUGUGAAAUCUCCUUCAGAAUCACCAAAGCAAUUUCCUUCCAUUCGCUCAGUACCAAGUCUUUCUUCAUUAGCUACAAAUUCUAUUGGAUCUAAAGAUGAAGAAUUUGUUACCUUUUUAAAUACAAUUGAUUCAAGUCCGAAAAGAACUGUGGCAGAGAUAUCAGUAUCACCACCAACACCUUCAUCUCUGAUGGUGGAACAUCCAACUGAUACUACCGAUUCAGUGUCAGAAUUAUCAAUUCAUAGUGGUCAUUCAAGUCCGAGUCUUAUGCAUACAUCAGUGGAUGUUCCAGAUGACAAUGAUGUAAAUUCAAGAAAUGAGAAUCUUUAUAAAACUGAUAUAACACAUAAAUUACAUAAUGGAAUAAUAGGAGAACAAAUUUCUGGAAUUAUGAUCAGUCAUGAGCAUAAUGUUCUUGAUAAACAGUUUGAUGCUAUAUCAUCAGCAGAAUAUGAAUACGAAUCGAGGUCAGAAAUAGCACAUAUUAAUAAACCAAAUUCAUCUCAUGAUAAACAUAUAAGAAAAUAUUUAAAAGAAGUAGAAAGGAAUUUAGAUGAGAAGAAUGAAUUACUGGGAAAACAGGAAGUGGAUCAUCAAAAAGAGAUGUUAGCAUUGAACGAAAAGUUACAGUCCUUGUACACAGAAAGAGUACAGUUGUCCAAGCAAGUAGCAGAAUUGCAGUCUACUUUAGAAAGAAGUAGAUCAGAAUUAAAUUCUACUAGAUCUGAUUUAGAGCAACACAAAGCUAGAGCUCUAAAAACAUUGCAAGAAAAAGAAAAAUUAAUAGCAGAAUUAAGAAGUAAUGAGUCCACAGGAGUGGAUGAUACAAUGAUUAUGGAGUUAAAUCAGUUGAGACAAGAGCGUGAUAUGCUUAGAGAAGAAAAUCAACAAGUGUCCGAACAAUUGAGAAUGGUACGAGAAGAGUUGAUGAAUGCUGACGUUAAAUUGGAAAACAUGAGGCAAAAAGCUGCUGAAGCAAAUAUGCAAACUCAAGAAAUUCUCACAACGGAGAGACGUCGACGAUUAGAUGUAGAAGAAGAUGCAAGAUUACAUUCACAAGAAAUAAGAACUUUAAAAGACGAAUUAAUUCGACAACGUAAUGGUUAUACUACACAACUGCAAAAGAAUGAGUCUGAAAUUGCUAGACUUAGAAUGCAAUUAUCUGCAACAUCAACACCAAAUAGCGAGGUGGAAUCGAGAUUGACGACUCUCACGCAAACGUUAGUUUCAAAGCAGCAGGCAUUGGAAAGUUUAACUACUGAAAGAAAUGCUUUGAGAUUGCAAUUGGAAAAGAUUGAACACGAAUAUAGAAAUAGUCGACGUAAUAUUUCCUAUAAUGCAAAUGAUACAGAUGAUGCGAAAGCUCAAGUACCUACAUUUUUAAUGGAGACUCCUUUUGAUACUGGCGUUACCAGGAGAGUGAAACGAGCUUAUUCUUCAUUAGAUGCAAUUAGCAUUCGUACAGGAGUGUUUUUAAGAAGAUACCCUCUUGCAAGAAUUUUAGUAUUAAUCUAUAUGGCAUUACUGCAAUUUUGGGUAUUGGUAGUCCUUUUAUCACAGUCACCAGAGGCACAUUAGUAAUUUAAAUUUACGACACAAAAAAUAUAGUUUAAUAAAAAUUAAAUAUUUCAGUACAUAUAUAAAGUGUUUUUGUAAAUAUAAUAUUGUAAUAACAUGUUGUAUAGAUUACUGUUAUAUAAUUGUUACUUUUUUUAAAUACUCUUUUUAAAUAAUUAAGUAAUGUACUAUAUGUAGAAUAUUAAAAAGUUUUUAAAUGUGUAAGUAAAUACAUAUUUUUAAAUGUAUUUAAUCGUUUCAAUUUAAAAAAUAAUAUUAGCAAAAUUAGAAUCAUUUUGGUUAUUUUAUGAAUUUAUUAUUAAUAUAUGGGGUAAUUAUUAUAUUACAACUAAUAAUAGAUGAAAUAUCUUAUUUAUUUAAAUUAUUGUUUAUUUUUGCACAAUACAAAAAAGUAUAUAGUAAUAC